CACUAGCACACCCACACACAAAUAAACCCGGAUUAAAACGCAAUCAUGCAUGCGCCACGAUCAGAUCACAUUCUCAAGAACACAAAUAAGAUAAUAGCAUCAUGGCUAUGUGAGCUUAGAGAGAGAAUAAUGCAGAGCCAGAGAGACAGAGAGAGGUAGGUGAUUGAUAAUAAGAAAGAAGGGAAGAAGAACACAGGUCUAACCGGAGGAGGGCAAGAGAAGAUGGUGGUGAUGAUGAUGCAGAAGAGCUCCCUGGACCUGGUGCUUGUGCCAUGUGGUCUGGUGAUCAUGUUCGGCUACCACCUCAUCCUCCUCUACCGGAUUCUCCGCCGCCCCGCCGCCACCGUCAUCGGCUACGAGAACCACAACAAGCUGGCAUGGGUCCGCCGCAUGGUGCAGGCGAGCCCGGACGAGACGGGGCUGGCACUGAGCGUCAUCUCCAGCAACAUCUCGGCGUCGACGAACCUGGCGUCGCUGUGCAUCGCGCUGGGCUCGCUCAUCGGGGCCUGGGUGAGCAGCACCUCCAAGGUUUUCAUGACGGAGCUCGUCUACGGCGACCGCACCCAGGCGACGGCCACCGUGAAGUACAUCUCCCUUCUCGUCUGCUUCCUCGUCUCCUUCACUUGCUUCAUCCACUCUGCAAGGUACUAUGUCCAAGCCAGCUUCCUAAUAACCACGCUGGAUUCUGAUGUCCCGGCAAGCUACAUCCAGCAUGCUGUGAUCCGAGGAGGCAACUUCUGGUCAAUGGGGCUCCGUGCACUCUACUUCGCGACAACGCUGCUGAUGUGGAUCUUCGGGCCAAUACCAAUGUUCACCUGCUCGGUGUUGAUGGUGUUCAUCCUGCACCUGCUGGACAGCAAUUCCCUGCCAUUGCACAACCAUCAGUUCACAAUUAGAAAACGGCAUGAUCAGAGAGCUCUGGCAUCUACAGUGGUUACAAGGCACCCCAGCCCUCAGAAUCCGAUUCUCAGUAACCCGGUCUUGUCUCCUGUAACUUUUUCAAUAAAUUAAUAGAUAUGUUUGCUGCAAAGCUUGGAGGUUUGUAUGGAGUAACAUUACAUGAGAAUAUGAGAUUCAGGUACAAAAUUUUCAUCAGAAA